AUUACAGUGAGCAAAUUGAAAAGGAUAAUCACUACAAAUGCAGCUCGAUCCUGGAGGGUUGAUAUGUUUUAUUGUAGAAGAUCAUGACUCAGAGUGAAAAGCAGAGACUAAAUGGAGAUGAAGAAAUUAUAAAAGAGCUGUGUGUGUCUAAUGGAGUCUCCUAUGAGAAGGUGUCUCAGGAGGCACGUGGUGUAGAGGUUGUGGAGAUGUUUUUCUCUGGGUUUCCACGCAUGGUGGGUCUUUCUCUCUUCCCCAGACUGUCGAGCCUCACCAUCGUAGGCCAGAGCAUUAGCUCAAUUCAGGGCCUGGACUGCUGUCCACUCAUCAGUGAAUUAUGGAUAGUGGAGUGCAAGCUGAAUGAGAUUUCAGGCCUACAGAACUGUUUGCAACUACAGAGGCUAUUUCUGUAUGACAACAACAUCCAACAGAUCACAAAUCUAGAGCUGUUGGGCGAACUUAAUGUUUUGUGGCUUAAUAAAAACCAGAUCUCUGACAUACAGGGCCUGAGUUCACUUACAAACCUUAAGGAGUUGAAUCUUGCCGAUAAUGUUAUUGAAACAAUUGGUCAUAGUCUGGAUCCCAAUAUCAAUUUGCAAAAUCUAAAUCUCUCUGGGAAUAAAAUCAGUUCCUUCAAGGAGCUGACCCAUCUUAUCCGACUUCCCCGACUGAGGCACCUGAGUCUGAAGGACCCUCAGUCCAGUCCAAACCCACUGUGUCUGUUCUAUAAUUACUACACACACAUCCUGUAUCACAUGCCACAUCUGCAGCGCCUGGACUCGUACGAUGUUUCCAACAAGCAGCUCAAAGAUGUAGCUGAGUCUACAGUGAUGAAGAAGAUGAUGUAUUACACCAUGCGGGUACGUUGUGCUCAAAGACAGUUUGAUGAACUCAAAGCCAAACUCAGGCAUGAGAGGAGAGACCAGAUACAACUAUCAGAGGAUAGAAUACGAGUACUGGCAUACUCACUCAGAAAUUUGGAGUGUGAGCUGUCCAAUGUACAGUGUGUUCGUAAGAAGUCGGAAGAUCCAGAAGACUUUACCUUUGACCUUUGCAAUGACCGUGAGCAGAAAAUGCAGAACAAACUGGAUGCCAUCAGAGACCGACUGAAAUUCUGGAAAUGGCAUUUGGAAGAGAUAGAGGCAUGUCACCAGUGUGAUGUGGCUUUGGCCUCAGACAGGAAGAAGAUGAUGGUGGACUUCCUGCUGUUGGAGCUGGAAACUGUUGGGAACAUUCGCUUUGAGGAGGGAAACACCAGCGAACCUUGGUUUACCUCCUGUUAUGAUCUCUUGCUGUCUCGUUUCUGUGCAUGGGAUUAUAAACCUCACAACAUCACUGGCAUUAAAAUCAAUCAAAUCAUCCGUAUCCAUAACCGAGCCCUGCGGCUGUGCUUCCAGGACAAAGUGCACUCUCUGCUCUUCAGAAACGAGUUUUCACCCUUUUCACAGAACUAUAAAAGCAGUAUGGAGUAUCUAUUCUAUGUGCCUGAUCCUGAACAUUCCUGCAAGAAUAACGAUAUUCUACACAUCCCAGAAAAUGGUUUUAAAACGGCUGAUGAAUAUAAGGCAUUAGGCAGAGAGAGAGCCGUCCCUCUUUCAAACAGUGUGAGUUUGUGUGACAGACUGCGGAUGACAUUCAUGCUGCAGAAGAGCUGCUCGACAUCAGGAAGUAACCAUGCAGAACCCCUUCCCUUCAGACACGGUCAGUUGAUCAUCUCUAAAGUGUUCUUGGGUCGCAGUGCUUCAGUGAAAGAGGGUGUUCCAAUAGACUGUGAUCAUUACCACAAGGCAAACUCUCUCUACCACUGUAUCAGCUCAAAACAGCACACACCCACAACACAAACAGAUCCUGACGUGCUGUCUUGCUCAAGCCCCCCGGGCUCCUGUGACUGUAGACAGAGGCAGAGUCUGUGGUAUGUGUUUGACCAUGAACUGGUGCUUCCAGAAUACCUUGUGGACUUUGAAUACAUCACUCAGGAAACAUCCCUGCCUAUCUCCUCUCCAGACUCCCCCUCCAUUACUCAUACCCCUGCUGAUGCCCCAUCUGUGUCCCGUGCUGAUCUGGACCUGGAUGAGGAGGCAUUAAACAUGGAGCCCAUCCUGAAGCCCCACCCUAAGUUGCUAAGCCUGGAUGAGAAAUCCAUACUGGCAGUGGCCAGAGCAAAUGUCCUCAGUCAGAUCACAGUGCUGAAUCUACAUGGCAACAGUCUGAAUAAACUGUGUGAGAUUUCUCGACUCACGGCUCUACGUAAUCUCACCCUCAGCUUUAAUGAGUUGACUCAUCUCGAGGAUAUUUCACACAUGCCAAAUCUUGAGUACCUGGAUGUUAGUUUUAACUGCAUUUCAACUCUGGAGGGUCUGCGUGGACUUGGCCGGCUGACAGUACUGGAUCUUCGCUGGAAUCAGUUGACCCGGGUCAGGGAUGACAUGAAUGUGUUGCAUAAACACACCCCCACUCUACUUCGUCUGGACACUCGGCACAAUCCUUGGCGCAGGUAUGAGUGUGUUCGUACGUUGAUUCUUGGUCGGUUGAAGACUCUCACUCAUCUGGAUGAUGUUUUAGUGACCGAGGAGGAGGCGGCUGCUGCUGUUCAAAUGGCUGUACGAUCCAGAAUCAACCAGGCAUCUCUGAUGACUUACUCUCGGACUGACAGUGAACGUCCCCGCAGUCUAAGUAUGCUCUCUUCUGCUCACCUGCUCACCCAGAUCAGUCCGUCUCCAUGGAAACACCCACAUGAACUUGUACCAGGCUGGACUGCCAAAAUCACAGUGCUGAAUCUGGAUGGUCAACGGUUGACCCGACUCAGUACUCUAGAUCGGCUUGUGAAUCUACGCUGGGCUUCAUUUGACAAUAAUGAAUUAUUGCGUAUUGAGGGCCUGGAUCAUUGCCCCCAACUGGAGGAACUUUCACUGAACUGCAACAAUAUCAGCAGACUGGAAGGUUUGAGUAUGGUGAAUCGUCUGACACGUCUGAGCAUUAACAGCAACCAACUACAGUGUUUAGAUGGGGGUGUGUUAGACCAGCUACUUAAUCUUCACUUCCUGUCUGUGGAGAACAACAUCAUCUCCUCUCUGCAUGGGCUUCAAAGGUCACGCUCCUUAAUCGAGCUGUAUGUCGGGAACAAUGACAUCAGCACCACCCGUGACAUCUACCACUUAAAGGCACUGUCCAGUUUAAUUAUUUUGGAUCUGGAUGGGAACCCCCUGGUGAAAAAACUGGAGAACUACAGGCUCUACAUGGUUUUUCACCUGCCAGCUCUCAAAGCACUGGAUGGAGUAGCAGUGGAGAUGUGUGAGUCAGAAACUGCUAAAGACUUAUUUGGAGGGCGACUUACUGGAGAUAUGGUAGCCGAGAAACUGGGGCACUCCAACUACAGAGAGCUAUCAGAGCUCAAUCUGCAGUCCAGCUCAAUCAGGAUGGUGGAUCUAGCUCCUGCUGAUUUGUUUAUUAGUUUGCGCAGUGUUAAUCUAGAACACAAUAACCUCACCUCAUUCAGCGGUCUUAUCUUCCUACCGAACAUCAAGGUUUUGUCUCUGAACUAUAAUCACAUCGAGUCAAUUCUGCCGCGUCAAAAAGUUCAGAGUCACAUGAGCAGCAAACAGAUUCUCUAUCAUAAAGUCAGUUCCAGUGGCUAUGGGCAGCAGAACAACAGGCCCAGCAGGGAGGGAGUAUCUAAUGAUAAUCUGGAGCCUCUGAUGUCCAGUUUGGAUGUUCUGUAUCUAGGCCAUAAUGGCAUCUCCAACCUGAUAAAUUUACAGAUCAGCCGACUGACUAACCUCAAAGCACUGUUCCUACAAGGGAAUGAUAUCAGUCAGGUGGAAGGAUUGGAGGGUUUGCAGAAACUACGUGAAUUGGUUCUAGAUCGAAAUCGAAUUAAAUCUUUGAACGAGAACUCAUUCUAUGGUCAGUUAGUUCUGUUGGAUUUGCACCUGGCAGAGAAUCGCAUCCGUGAAUUGAAUCACCUGCAGUCUCUCACAGGUCUCCGGAGACUGUUCUUAGACAUGAACAAAAUACAGGAUAUUUCAGAGUUGGAGAAACUGGAUGCACUCCAUUCCCUCAUUGAACUGUCAGUAGUCGGCAACCCAGUGGCACGGCGGUCCCUCUACAGGCCAUCAGCGGUUCUGCAUCUGUCUAGGCUGCAGGUUCUGGAUAGAAUCACAGUCACACUGGAGGAAAGAACCAGAGCAGAGCUCUUAUGUAAUGAAGCACAGGGUUCUGCACCUAGUUCAGGUGCUGACCUGACGUUACCUGGUUUGGUACCAUUAAUGACCCGACCAGCUCCUCUGAAAGGUCCCAGCCUGACGAUGGGAAUACAUUCACUCAUACCAGAUCAGCAAGAAGACACACAUGAUACAUGCAGAUAUAAAAAGCAGAGAGCAGGUGUCUCUCUCUUGCGUGGCGUUCAGAGUGACAUCAAUUUCAGGCAGAUCAGAGGAUCUUUUAGCCACUACGCGACAGCGCUGCAGCAGACUGGGCACAAAGUUCUCUCAACCUACCCUAACUCUGAUCCUGAGACCAGGUACCGAUGUCACAGUGGACCUAGACCUCCUCCUCCUCUGUAACUGGAGAACUACAGAGACACACUUUGUGUUGGUCAUGUGUGUUCUUGUUAUCUGAGGCUCACUUACAUUUUCAUCAAUCUAUGGAUCUUAAAUGAGACUCAUUUUCACUAUAUAUUUUGUUAUUUAUGAAGAAUGAUGUCAAUAUCAUAAAAAUAUUAAAUGCAUAUUUUCUCCUAGUCUGUUGGGUUUUUUUUUUUCUUUAAGCUAAGUGAGAUUUGGACAACGUCUUUGUAACAGUUGUAAUAAUUAAUCCAAACUAAAUACAUCGCUCCCUAGUUUAUACUGUAGCUCUCUCUUUAUGGGGUUUUGUUUUAUUUACAUUUAUUUGAUAUAAAGUCUCUUCUGUUUUAAAAAUUCAAACAUGUUACUGUAAAUAAUUUAACUGUAAAGGAAAUGGUUUGGCUUAGUCAAAAACACUUUCUUUAAAAACUUCCUUGAAUAGGUUGUGGCCAAGAAGUCCCAUUAGGCCUAGUUGUUGUGAGUUUCACUGAUUCUCAAAUGCAGCGGAUUAGUCUGUCUAUAGAGCUAUAAUAGCAAUAAUUAUCAAGUCAAAGAUUAUUUAUCAUAUACACAAUAAUCCAGCAUGCAGCAGUAAUUGCAGGCAAUGAAAUGUUUUUGCAAGGUCUAUAGAAUGAAAUAAAGAAAAUUUUAACUAUAAUUGCUAAAACUAAAGGUUUAAAAAUUAAGGUAAAGGCAGAUAAAGAGAAAAUGCAAUUAUACAGUAUAUCUAAAUAUGGAUAUAAAAGUCAAGAAACUUGAAAAUAGUACAAAAUAUCAAAACUGCUAAAUGGAUUUGUAGUAUUGAGUAAUACCAACAUGAUGUGUGUA